AUGUCAAGGUCAAAAGUAAAGCAGAAAGACGGAUUAUCUACUGAGAGACAGAAAUAUAAUGGUAAGCACAAAACGUUGGAGAAACAGACAAAAUUUAAACAAAGAUCAGAUCGAAUUACUCAGCAUAGCACUAUUCACGAUCGGGAGAAAGCGCUUGAAAAACCAGGAAAGCGAGAAGCCAUCAGCAGGAAAUACAUAAAAAGUGAGCCGGCGACUGGUGAUGUCCCUGCAAAGAGGAAAAAAAACAUUAUUCGGAUAGAUCCACAUGAUACCUCAAACAAACGGAUGGAUGACAGUCUACUUUCUAAAGGUGAGUCUCCCUCAUAGAUUAUGUAUUCUCCUAUGCUUAUUCAUGUCUUAAUUUUAUCUUCAUUACGUCAUGCUAUUUGUUGUCGUAAAUACACAGCAUUUUGAAUGCAUUUAGGCGCUGUCUUAGCUAACUUUAGUUAAAAUUGCCUGCAUUUUGCGUGUUGAAGAAAAUGUGUUAAUCACUUGGGCCUCGUCUAAGUCUUCUUUUAUUUCCUUGUAUAUUUUUAUGUUAAACUGUGUCCACGUACUUACGGCUCUAUUGUAAAAUAGAUCUUUUGUUUUUUUUAUUAUUUAAAUUUUUUUGAUGCUGCAGAGAAUGACGUAAUCCAAUGUAUUGCAUCAUAUCAUUAUUUGAAUACAUUUUAAUUCGAAACACCAUAGUUGUUUCUAUGGGCGCCUAUGAGUUCUUGGAGAAACGAUUAGUGCCUCAUUUGAUCAUCUUUCCCAUUAUUGCUGCCCUACCCACAAAAAACCCAGGGGCGAUUGUGCUCUCUACCACUCUUGUGAUGCUUGGGUACGUAUAUAUUUUUGAAUUACUUAUUUUCUCUAGAACCUACAUUGAAUUACAUAUUUUUCACGUAAAUCCACUGGAAUCUCUAUCACAAGUGUUACACCGCCACCUGCUACAAUGGAUGUACGUGAACUAGAUUUUCCCAGCUUCCCUCCCAUGGAUGAGACUAUCUGAUCCGUGGGUUAGGACGUCCGUUCUAAAACCUAUGUAUUGAAAAAAACUUAUGUACCUGAACAAUUGGAGUUAGUAGAUCUUUAGUUUCUGGACUAAUAUCUAUCAUAAUGCAUUUCAGUCCUAAGCAAAAGUGUCCAUUUGUCGUUGAAAUGGCUACUGAUCCUGCCCUACAAUUCAUGCUAACAAUUCUCCCGCUAUAUCUGCCUCAUGCUAUGAGGCAGGUUAUCUGCUCAUGAGUUUGGAAAUAAUCGUGUUAAUUGUAGUAGGAUAUCUUCGUACUAUCAUCAUUCUUGAUGAUGUUUAAUCUUUAUUUUCUUGAACCACGUCGUUUAUACUCAUGGUAUGGCUCUGAUUCUCCAUUUCAGUUGCCUAUAUUCAAGGAUUAGUUUUUAACACCUAGUUAAGUGUUAUUCUUUAUGUCAUGUUCACUUGGUUACUAGAUGAUUCUCAUUCAUAUUUUACAGACGUUUCUGUGGAUAAAGAAGUGAAGCUUUCGCGGAACGCACUGUUUCGUGCUAUAAAACCAACACCUGCCAUCCUUUCCUUUGUGGAAGAUAAUGUACAAGUCGUCACAGUCUUUUGAUUAUGAUGCGUUGCUGUUUUAUGGUAAUGCUUACACUUCUUUUGUUAAUGAUAGCUAUUGGGCCGCCGACGUGUGAUUGAAUUGAAGAAUGCCGGAUACAAUACCAAGCUUUCUGCUCCGCUGGACAAUAUUCCAUUUUCUAACAGUUCCGAAAGAGAACGGAUUGAGGAAAAUGUAUGUUUUUUUUUUAGGUUUUGCUGAUUGAGUAGCUUUUGAGAUUCUUUCGUUUUUGAAAUUAUUUCUUCGUAUGUAUUUAUCUGAGAUUAUUGUGUAGCAGAGAUUGAUCAUAUUAUACUACUGCUAUUUAUCCUUUUUCCGAAUCUUAUGACUUCAAAGAAACAUUUCUUUUUCCUGUUUCUCAAACAAUUGUCAAAACUGAUUUUUUUUCGUCUCCAUACCCAUCUCUGCUCUCUUGGUUUACUAACCGAGAAAGAAUAGUCCAAGGGAUACUCUCAAUCCUUAAUUCAUUACUGUCGAACUUGGGAACAUGAUUAUCUCAGUUUGGCGUCCAAUGAUACUUUCAAUUAGAUUUUUCGUUCAACGUCCAAGGAGAAUGGAAUUGUUAUUUCGGUACCAUUUUUUCUCUUCUUGCUUUCCUACAGAUCUAAAUUAGUUGGGGACAAAUUUGGGUUUACCUAGGUAUGCUUUUAUUGCUAGGUCCAACUAUUUAUUUAUGUAACACCAGUCCCAGUCCAGUACUCCACAGAAGGUUAAGCAAAAAAACGAUAAUUCUCAUAAGCUGGCUUAGAAAAGAUUACUAAACUGUCUCAGAUAUAUUCGCAGUUGAGAAAUUUCGAUCUCCUACUGUUUUCCGUUGGAAAAAGUUGAGUCUACGAUCAGUCCCACCAAUCUUAAAUUCAAGAUCUAUCGAAAGUUUUUCCUCGCACACAAUCGUGGGCUCUCCUCACCACAUUAUACAUAAAAAGAGAAGAAAACAACACGUUAUGAAAUCUAACAGGAUCUGGAUGGGCCAAUGGACCUCUACGCCCAUCAUAGCCCUGAAUGAGGUCAGACCCAUACCCAUUAAUUCAAUCAGCAAUACAAAAGGAAAAAAAUUCUCAGUGAAACUGUUGGAAGUUCUAGGUCGUAUGGAAAUAGUGUAAUUUGAGGUUGUUUUUGCAAAAGUUGUGUAUUAUUACUUCCUAUAUAAUGGGGUUCAGAGGUGAAUGAAUCUUGAGGCGGUUUCCGCCGUUCUCCCCUCUGUCCUUCGUUCAGCUCUCACGGAGGGUUGAAAAUUAUUUUCCUCAUCAUGAUGGGGGAGUGUUGGAAAUUCUAGGAUGUUAAAAAAUUAUGUAAAAGACUGAGGGUGUUUUGCAAAAUUGUGUAAGGUUCCUCUCUAUAGAAAUGAGGGUUAGAGGUGAAUGAAUCUUGAGGCAGUUUCCGCCAUUCUCCCCUCUGUCCUUCAUGAUGAGGUUUUAUUUCUCCAUUUCAAUAGAAACGGAUCAUGGUUUUUUCUCUGAAACUUACUUUGAAAGAGUGGAUCUGGGCUAAUUUCAAAUAUUUUAAAUCGGUUCAUGUUGUAAUAUACUAGGAAACCACUGCUAUCAUUAUUUCCAUUCUUUAAUGAGUGCUACAUGAUUUGCUUAUUAUGUUUUAUUUAGAAACCCACUGUAUUGUUAGGACUUGUAUUAGGGAGUGCCUAACUAGGCCUGACACCUGUAAUCAAUGGUAUUUAGAAGAAUUUUGAUUUUCUUGUGUCUGCAUCUGAAUUUCGACAGCUUCCUUCAGCAUUGCACCAGAGAAUUGAUGUAGGUUGUUUCCUCGGAAAGCACCAGUCAUUGUUUUUUACUAUUUCAAUAUUAAAUAAAUUAAUGUUUCAUCAGAAGAAAUGUCAGUCUAAUUACGCUCCGUCUUAUCAUAUAGGAUGCCACUAACCAUUAAACUUUCCGGUUAAUCAGAAUUUUGUUCAGUUUUCUAUCUUCAUUGCUUCUUUAAGUCGCCUUGGCCAAACAUAAAUUGUCGUCCAACUUAGGCUCCUAUUUUUUUUCAUUUCUAUGCUACAAGUCCCUGUUAUUUUCACAUCGAUUUCACCGUCCGUUGCAGAUUUGGCUUCAUCCGUAGGAAGCUAUGAAAAAAGAGGAAGAACUAUUUAUAAAAACCUUUGCCUAUCUUUGGGUUGGGGUUGUGUUUGAUAUGCUACAAUUGUUGGUUUUAUUUGGUAUUUAUAGCGAUGGCAAACGAUAUUUUUUUAAUUAUCUCGUGUAAUUUCGUUUACGUUGACUUUCACCAUACACAAUUGAUUGUAAAACCUUUUUCAGGUAUUUAGAAACAAGUUGGAAUUUUUCGCUGCGGCUAAGGUUUCCUCUUCUUUCCCAACUCCUACCCUGCCAGAGAUUGCUUUUGCAGGUACAAGAUGAAACUUGUCCUUUAAUAGGUGUAAUCUAGAUGGGUCCAUGUUACGUCAUAUUAGGAAUCUUAAAAUGCUGUAGCUUUUUUGUUGUUUAAUGUGCUUAUAAGAUAUUCUCCCCAAAUCGGAUACAAGUUUUAUUAACGUUGGUGUUAUUACUCUCUGUCUCCAAAUGAACCGUGCUCAUUGAUUUACUAAAAUUUUGUGGUUCUUUUUCUUUCAUCCAUUUGUUUAAUUUGUAGCAAAACAGUAACUAUGAGGUGUUGAUCAUAUGAUUGUAGCAAUCGCAAAUUUUUCCAUCUCUUUUUUCACUUUCUACAAAUACAUCAUACGCCAAAUGUAGUCAUGUAACUUCUUAUUACCUUUCUUCGUUAACGGUAGUUAUCUUCGUUUAUCUCAGAAUUUUUCUUAGAUAUCAAGGGAUUUAUGAUUGUUAGAUAGGAAACUGAGGCCAUAAAAUAGUAGGACGAAUCGUAUAAAAGUAGGAAAUUGGGAAGAAACAAGGAUAUUUUUUAUUGUCUUUUCUUUUCUUUCACUAAUAUCUUGGAACUCCAUUUGAAAGAGUUCAUCAUGUUCUAAAGCUUUUGACAGUUAGUACAUGCCAUACUACAUUAUGAUCGUAUGCUUUCUUUUGUGAUUCAAUACAUUAGGAAAGUUAUAGGACUUAAACUUCAACUGUUGAGGUGUCAAGGCAGCUGGCUAUUUGUUGAAAAGUUCUGGACAAAAAGAUCGUGAGAUACGAUAGCCCUUAAUGAGUUACAGUUGAGAGCAGAACCCUGAAUAGGAGUUCCGUUGUCUUUGACUUCCAUCUUUUCUUUUUAGAAUCAAUUAUUUUUCGUCGUGAUCAUCUGAUUCUAUCUAGCUUUGACGAACUCCCUUAAAUACAUCGAGCCAAGAAAUUUCCAUCUUUUUGUUACAUCACCAUCCCAUAACCCCUAUAUGUACUAACACUGAGGUCGCCUAUGGAGGAUGUUACGUUUUCAGUGCCAUAGAAUGUUAGGCUUAGCUAUAGGGACUCCAUGCAGGAUCUUUCUUCCUUUCUACCGAUGUGACUGACAGAAUUUAAGAUGGGGUUCUGGCCAAAACUCUUUAGCACGUGCAAUAUUCUAUCUGGUUUCAGAUGAGGGUGCCACUUGUGGUCUACAUGUUACUAAGUGGUCAACAAAUGGCCAUAGCAGUGGCAUCAAAGGGAUAGAAAUUACCUUCUACCGUCUGCCUUUUUGCAUCCUUUUCUGCCUUUACCUCCCAUCUCUCUCCGAUUUCGAUUAACACUUUGCCUCCCAUGCUCAAAUCAAAGGGGUAGAAAUCGAGGUUCUAGAAACUUGUCGAUUUCGAUUCAAAUUAGCCGAUUUGAGCAUUUCAUUGGCAUUCUGAAUUUGAUAUUAAGGGUAAUAUUGAUUCACCCUAAAAUUUAAAGGUUGAUGGAAUCUGCCUUUCGACGGUAGAAUAAAGGAAUGUAGAGGAAAAAAGGGAAAGGAAGAUAAGAAGAUGAACAGAGAAUCUAAUCCCAAGAAAAAAUUCACUCUAAAAAGGUAACAUAAAGUAAAACCAUAAAGAAAAAAAGUUUAGAUAUUUUUCUUCUUUCACCCUCUUUCCUGGACUGAACCGGGUGGAAUUAGUUGUAAAGGGCUCAAUCUACUCCGAUCCUAUAGAUGCCUUCUUAUCCCCUUAAAUGGAUUCAAUUUCCCCGAGAGUUUGGAUCUGCACUUCUUUAAUUAUCCGGUCCAUAAUGAUUUCAUUGACAAUGGCUACUACAUAAAGCUUUGACAUGUGAACCUCAUUUGACCUAGUCUGUCUUACAGUUUUUUCUAAUAGAAGCCUUGAAAUUGGCAGAUAUAUUGAAGAAUCUUGUUUUUUUCUAGUUGCAUCCUUUCAUUCUAAUCUUCCUAUCCAUGGAGUGCGAAGUAACAGCUUCCACUAAACUUGCCUGUCAUCAGGAAGGUCAAACGUCGGGAAAUCUUCUCUGUUGAAUGCCCUUACCAGGCAGUGGGGAGUAGUACGAACAUCUGAUAAGCCUGGACUUACUCAGGUAGUUUGGGCUUCCAGAUUGAAGUCUAUACAUGAGUUAACCGUCUGGUCUCCUGAAUGUUCUUGCUAAUUACUUUUGUUAUGCAGACCAUUAACUUCUUCAGGCUGGCAUCAAAACUUUGUCUGGUGGAUUUACCAGGAUAUGGUUUUGCAUUUGCAAAAGAUGAGGUUAAAGAUGCUUGGGAGGAGCUCGUGAGUAUGCUUAUUAGACAUACUAUCUGAUUUUUAGUUGGAUAUAUAUAUUUUAAUUGAACAAUAUUCUUUACUGAUUCAUUAUAUUUCUUCAUCUAUAUUCCAAUAUGUCAUAAUCGGUGAUAAUAUUUUCUUUGAAUCAAUGAAUAACCGUGGAAAAUUAGUACGGCCUUGAGAUCAUUGAAACUCGCGACUAAACAGAGAUUUGGGAAUCUACUCCCUACUACAUUGGCUAUCAUUGUUGAUUCCGGUGGUUAUAAUCUUCAGAAACGAAUAUUGUACCUUGAAAAGUGAAGAAUGAAACGUACGAAUCUGGGCAGAUAGAAGCAGCCAAUUCUGUGAAACGUGAAACUCGAUUGAACCGGGAAUCAUUAUGUAGAAAAGUCUUGGCAUAGGAUUUUAAAUGCAUCAUGGAAGGUUGCCCCUUUCAUGUUAUUUAAUCCGAGAACAAUGACUAACUAUUGUGAAGCAUGAGAUUUUGAGAAGAAAAUAAAGAAAAACAUACGUAGAUUUGGAACUUAUGGAGAUAAUGAUGAAUCUAUAAUCAUUAGCUCUGAUGCUAUUUUCGCAGUGCCUUUUCUUCAACAGUUUUUCGCAGAUCUUACGAUAUACUCACUUAUCUCACUUUAGUAUAAUUAUCUUCACAGGAUAAUUAUCUUUGAACCCUACACAUUUCUUUUUCUUUGUUCUAUAUUUUUCAUUCCUUCGCCAUUCAAACUCUCAUAAUGCAGUACAAAAAGUGAUUCUCUCUCUCUCUCUCUCUCUCUCUCUCUCUCUCUCUCUCUCUCUCUCUCUCUCUCUCUCUCUCUCUUAAUCCAUCUACUAUUGAAAUUUCGAUAAGAUUGUACUUCUGACCUAGAAUGCUCAUCGUUCCUUGCUAGGAAGAUUUUCAAUUUAGCACCAAUUCAUCCACACCUGCCUUGCACUUGGCAUUCCAUAGGUGAAGGAAUAUGUAUCCACACGAGAGGGUCUGACAAGGGUUUGUCUCCUCGUUGACACCAAAUGGGGAAUGAAGCCCAGGGAUCACGAGCUGAUUGACUUGAUGGAAAGGUACAGAAGUCAUAGUCAUCUAUACUUUUUUUUCCAUUACAGGCUAUUGAUUACUCGAUUCUCAGUCCCCCGAGACUUUAACUUUCUUCUACCGGAUCUCUCGUGGUUUCCCUUUAUUUUACGGUUGAAACUGGAAGCACCUGGUUAUGAAUGAGAUGUCGAGUCCUUUUUUUUUUCUUUUUUUUUUCAAGGGACCGCAGAAUUGUGAACCUUUUUCCAUUGGGACCAUCUGCAUGGAGAUGAACACCGUUGACCUCCUCAUGCAAUGUUCAAGUGAAAACUAUAAUUCCAUAUAACCACAGCUAAUUCUUGGAAAGCCCAUUUACUAUAUUUAGAAUGUCUGCAGUUUUUGUCCUGGAAUUCUGACGUGGGCAUGCCACCAUGGAGUCAAACGCCCUGUUCCCUGGGGGAUCUGCUGUCAGAGUCAACCACCUAGCCAUAGUCUUCAAGGCAGACAUGUCCCCCACAUUCAUCACUAUUCCGUGUCCCCACUGCUGAUGGAGAUGCUGUUAUUCUCCUAAUAUAAGGCGCAGCUAGAUUCUGCCCAGCGGUUAUUAGCCCUGCUGCAUCUUUUACGAAGACUUCUAGGAAUCUCACGUGUUGUCGCGCAGGUCAAAGAUGCCAUAUCAGAUCGUACUGACCAAGACUGACGUCGUCUUCCCGGUCGACGUCGCCCGCCGCGCCAUGCAGAUCGAAGAGGUAGAAAGACGGCUGGACCCACCGAACCUGGACUUGGGUUUUGACCUCCAGAAUUUCUGACCGCGGUUUUUUUUUAAUGCAGAACCUGAAGCCGAAGUCAUCCGUGGUCAACCCCGUCGUGAGUACUUUUGCCUGGCUCUCUUCAUCCUCCCUCCACAUUAAGCUCAUGUGUUCUUCAAGCUGGAGGGCCAUUAAGAGGGAGAAAGAACGCGGUAUCCUUCGUUGAUCGUUGACUUUCUCUGCAGAUGAUGGUCAGCUCCAAAUCUGGCGCUGGAAUCCGCAGCUUGAGAACGGCUCUCGCCAAGCUAUCCCGGUUUGUGAAGCCAUAG